AAAAGGGAAAAACAAAAAACCCUCCAUUCCAACUCCUCAAGCAACUCUAAUUAUUUUUUUCUUUUUCCUUAAUUCCUCUCUCUCCCCUCAAACCCACAUUGCCACUCCCCUUAUCACGAAGGAAAACGAUUUCCAACUUGGAAAGAGAGGCAAAACCGAUGGAGCAGAGCGCAACUUCGAGCAGUUCUCUGUUAGCUUCUGCAACGGAAGAUGAAAUCAACGUUUCCCGAAUCCUGCUCGAUCUCAGGAAUCUGAUGUCAUUAUCCGAAUCGCUGUCCAAUUGCAAUUGGGGCCGCAGGCGGAGGAGAUCUUGCCUUGAGCCGCCGCCGCCGCCAUUAACUGCUGUUCCAUCCUUGCCGGAAAAUAGAAUUGAAGAGAGAAGGACCCCCAUCAAAGGUGAGGAUGAGAAGCAUGGCGGCGGCGCCCGCACCACCGCCAGCCCCGACACGCCGCUCUCCUUCUCUCCCAGUGAAUCCGAUGACAAGCCCAAGCAUUCGUCGAAGAAAACCUCCAAGAAAAGGUUUUGGUUUGCCUUCAUUAAUGUUGACAUUUACGAUCUUAACCCGCAGUCAAGGGAGGAUUACUUGGAUAUGAUAGAAGGGCUAACUCAACGGAAGGAGUUGCUGUCAGGGGAGAUAGAAAACGUGAAGAAAUACUACAACAAGCUCAAGGCCUACAAUUCCCAACUCAAAGCAAUGAAACAAGAGGCGUUUAAUUCUGGGCUAAGAAGAGAAAAUUCCGAAAUGGGAUUAAUCCAACAUUAUCGGAUGCUUCAGCCAGAUCCAACGGCACAGUGUGGUUCCGGCCCAAUCGCGGCCCAUUUACAACCGUCGGACUAUGGGCUUGGAUCGGCCAACAAUGGGGGCCCACUCGAGAUCGAUCUCAACCUUCCCGCUGAAGAGGCUUUCGGCGGCGUGGAGCUAUAUCGGCCGUCGGAUGCGGCCGCUAACAGACGGGCCAGAUAUGCUGAAGCGAGGAGGAAGAGGAUAGGAAUAAUCAAGACCAAGUCAAAUAGGAGUGCUCUUUGAGAAAUUAUUAUUAACUGGCAGUGAAUACUCAAAAAGUCUUUCAUUUUCUUUUACACUUGUUUUAUAUUAGUUCCACAUUAACCACUUGUUAGUUGUUACCGAAUGCAGGAUAAGGUAGAAUUUCUUGGUGUUGCCCUUUUUUUUUGUUCUUGCUUGCCCAAAAAAUAUUGGCUUAGCAUUUGACUAUCUAUUAUAUUAAAUGAAAAUUGUCUUUUAAUA